UUGAAAGGUCCUUGAAAAAGCCGAGAGAGUACCCCAUGGCCCCAGCCAGCGGCUCCAUGGAAAUCCAGGAGAUUAGCAUCAAAGCAAACAAACUUAUUCUGGAAGAUGAACAAAACCAGGGGACCGCCGCCGCCGCCACCGCCACCAUCACCACCGGUGAAAGAUGCAAUUUUACAAAACUGCCAUGGCAUGGAGUCCUGGAGAUCAUGCUGAAGGUCCCCAUCGAAGGCUUAAUGCGAUGCAGGUACGUAUGCAAGGCGUGGCAUGAGUUGCUCUUAGAUCCUAGUUUUGCCAAACUCUACAAUGGCGGCAGCAGCUCACCCGCUGUUGUUGUGCUUCUUCAAUCAAGCUUAUUUCCUCAUGGAAAUUCCGGAGCGCUCUACUUGAUUGAGCCUCAAGAAGAAGAACCCUCUACCAUAAUUGCCAAGUUUGACCACUUCCCCUACCUUGAAUCCACUCUUGUGAAUUCAUGUAAUGGGUUGAUUUGCUCGUGCGAUAUUCGGAUGGGUAAUCCCAUCUACAUAUCAAAUCCUGUAAGGGGCGAGUUCUUGACCCUCCCAAAAGGUGAAACAAAUCCUGACCGUCAAUUCGUAUCUGGGUUUGGAUUCAGCGCCAAGAGUAAUCAAUACAAGGUGAUUAAAUACUCUAAAUUUGUAGAGAUUUAUACUCUUGGAACCGGUGCUUGGAGAAGAAGCAAACGUGUUCCGCCUGCACGCCAUCAGAGCUUGUUUGGGAUUUUUUUCAAUGGAGCUCUGCACUGGCUUGUCAAGCUUCCCAAUCAAUCCGUGCUUAUCCGUUGCUUUGAUCUCGAUGAUGAGAAAUUUCAAACAAUUCCGCUGCCUUUGUCUACAUUUUAUGAGGUCAACUUCAUAAGGACGCACGUUGGGGUAUUGGGAAAUUGUCUUUGUUUGAGCUCCAUUGCUGCGUCUAUUUCUUCCGUUUGGGAAAUCCAAAUCUGGGUAAUGAAGGAAUAUGGUGUUAGAGAGUCUUGGAUCAAAGAGCUUACGAUUAAAUACCCAACCCCAGUGGAAUACUGGUGGAGUCUUCAAAGCAUAAAAGUAGUAACUUGUUUGAAAAAUGGGGAAGUUGUGUUUGAUUGCGAAGGUUGUCCGGCUGUUUAUAAUGUCGAACAAGAAAAGUUCAGGUUGUUGAAGCCUAAUGGGAUAUCAUUGACACACGUCAAUGGAAUUGCUCAUGCAUCCAGCUUUGUUUCGCUCAAAGAUAUUGCCAUGGGAGAUGGCUCAAAAUUGUUCAAUUUUUAGAUCAUCUGUUAAGAGUUCAAAGAUUGUAAGCUUUUACUUGGUUUCUUCAAUUCAACUGUUAAGUUUAUUUG